CAUACUUUCACUAUCAAAUUCAAUCAAUGCAGCAGUACCACCGUGUCCGUUGAUAACAAACUCCCAUGGAAGCGGGAACUGCGUUCCGUGUCGUGGGUGUUGUCACUGUCAACACUCACAUUCCCAUUCCCAUUUUCAAGAAAUCCAAAACCACCGCAUUCCAAUCUCGCUUCUUCACUUGUUCAUCUCCCUCUCCUUCUUCCACUAGUUACCGAGGUCCCAAACCCAAACGCGAUUUCCUCGCCGAUUGGGUUUCCCAAAACGACGACGUCGUUCGCACCUUACCGAUCUACGUCGGCUCCGCCUCCCUCUUCGCCGUCCUCUUCAAUCGCGCCAUUUCCGGCAUCGCCCCCGUCGCCGACGCCGGCAGUUCACAAUCCAGAGCUGACCUCUUGACUUUAGGAUUGGCAGUCACCAAUAUUUUGGCUGGCCUUGUUUGGCUCUCCAUAAGACCCAAAUCUAUAGCUGUGGUAAAUCCUCAAGGGGUUCAAUGCAGGAGGUUGUGCACUGCUCUCCCUCAUGUUGCACUUACUGAGCUGCUCUGGGUAUGGGAAUCUCUAUCAGAUAUCACCUGCUGCCGAUCACUUGUUAUUGUUUAUGAGAGCAGUUGUGUACUUCAAAUUGGUUUUGCUGCAGAGUCUUCUUCCGGGGAUGGUGAGGCUGUAAGUGUGGACAUUAAUAAAUUGAUCCAAGGAUCAGUAUACCAGGGUGUAAUGAAAUCUGGAGCCCAGAGUUACUUGGCUAAUCUAUCUCUUUAUCCUGGGAAAUCUGAGCUGUCAUUUCUACCUUCAAAUACUCAGGCAGUAAUUUUACAACCACUUGGAGAUAAAGGAAUUGCAAUUAUUGGUGGUGACACAAUACGAGGUUUUACUACUUCUGAUCAGGCAUGGAUUACAUUCAUAGGAGACAAGUUGGAUUCUACCCUUGCAAAACAUGUAAAGCAUCUUCGUCUUACUUCCCCAGAAUAAGUUUCAAAGAUUUGCAAGGUAGCCUCUGAUUGUUGUUAAUUCCUGAUUUCAGUGUAAUAAAUCCUAGAACCUUCAGCUGAGUUCUUCAGGAUACGUUGUUCAUAUUAGUCCCAUGUAUGUAUCUUUCAUCCAUUUCAUAUGGCAGUACUUAAUACCAGACUAAUUUAUUGUUAAGAAUAGUAAAUUGUAUAAAUCAGCACAUUUUUGUCAGACUAUGUGCGAAAUGUAAUUGGUUUAUUUUAGAAAAUUGAUUACUUUUGUCA